GAGAAAAGAAAAUGGGAGACUUAAGUUCUUCGAUAGCCAUUAUUUCUGCCUCUUCCAUGGGUAUGAAGACGUAUUCCUACCUGAAUCCCUCUUGUGGUCCCUACAGAAGAGACAGAGGCAAAGAUAAUGGGAAAUAGAUGAAUGCUCCUUUCUUCAAAAAGGAGGAUCGAGGAAGCUACAGAUCAGUCAGCUUGAUGCUGAUUUCCGGAAUUAACCACUGCCUAACUCUGCCUUUCUGGCAUGGGACAGAGGAAAAGGCUGAGUUGAAAGGAGACUCUGUGUCCUUCCCACCAUCAUUCACCACGACGAGCACUGUUAUGGGGGCGGCAACUACUGGAGGAUGGAUACGGACAAAGUUGCACUGCGGCUUGGGAGGUUGGCACGAUAUAUAGGGAGACUCCACCCUACUGUGAUUCAUUCUCUUCUGGACCCAGGCACACACACGGAGUUAUUUGUAGGGAAAGAGAAACGCGCGUAGGCGUGAUCGAGGACAUGGCUUUCUAGAGCUGCGUGGAUCUCGAAGCGAGCGAGCGUGUAUUGCACGCUGCAACAAAACAAACAUAAUGGAGUCGCCUUUUGCCACCGCUGCCAUCCCUGCCUACAGGAGCCGAGGCCCUCCUUGCCCGCUGCAUCCCAAUCCUGUAUCCAGCCUGAACCACUGUCUCUAUCAUGUCUCUGCUGGCGGCACUGACCCUGGACCUGGACCUGACCAUGCUCCCAGCUAGCACCAUGACCUGCAGGCCGGAGCUGCUCAAGCACCGGCCGCCCCACGCCGGUCAUUGUGAGCUGCUAGCCGGACCUGUGGACGAGGGUUUUGCCCUCAGCAUGGAGCGUCCGCUGCUGACAGGCGAUGGCUUCUCAGACUGGAUGACGGAGCGCACAGACCUGGCCACGCUCCUGAGUGUGUCAGGGGAGCCCUCGCCGCUCUCACUGCCCUCCCCUCCUGCUCCAGACCUGGAGGCCAUGGCCUCACUGCUCAAGAAAGAGUUGGAGCAAAUGGAGGAUUAUUUCUUGGAGGAGUCACUCUCACCAGACCAGGUAGCACCAAGCACCCCUCCCUCUGAUGGGAAUUUCCAGUUUCCCUUUGGUGAUGCCUUCCAGCCCCUGGACCACCACAGUGCAGCUGCUCCUCUGCAGACCUUGGAUUCAAGCUGCUUGGAGCUGCUGGAGCUCUAUGGUGGAGAUGUACCUGCUGAGCUCUCCCUGCAGGGCCAUGAAGUACAUGUCCCAGUACAACAGCCCCCUGCCCUGGCACCCAAGGGAGACCGGCGCCAGAAGAAGCGGGACCAGAACAAGACAGCAGCCCUGCGGUACCGUCAGCGCAAACGGGCCGAACAUGAAGCGCUGGGGGACGAGUGCCAGGCCCUGGAGGCGCGCAACCGUGAACUGCGUGAGAAAGCAGAUUCCAUUGAAAGAGAGAUCCAGUAUGUCAAGGACCUGCUCAUUGAGGUCUACAAGGCGCGGAGUCAGCGCCUGCGCACUGCCCCUUAGAGGCAGGGAGCUGUGCCUCAAUUCCUCCCCACCCCAGUAAGCAAAGACUCAGGGAGAAAUUGAGGGGACAUUGGAUGUAGACAAGAAUGAAGCAAGCAUGUAAGAGUAAAGGUUGGAGAAAGUUGGGAAUUAGUAGCCUGUGUGACACUUUGGAGGUUAGGGCCUAGUAGAUGAACAAUGCAAGAAAAACAUCAGAGUCAAGUGGGGCUGUUGGACUCUGCAUCAAUGUUUGACUCUUGACUCUAGGUCAAGGCAAGGGGGAGCGGGGAUUCCUUUUGGAGAAGAUCAAGGCUGCUGAGAUAGGAGAGGCCCAAGAUUAGCCAAUUUUGGCAAUAGGUUUGCCAUUUCUGGGGUAGGCUCUCUCUUCCCUCCCUCCCUCCCCACAAUCAGGUAUCAGACACAGUCCCAAGGCUGUGAGAUGGCUUUUUGUAUGUACUUCAAUAGCACUUCUUUAUUGCUCUACCUUUUUUCAGCUAUGCACCAAUAAACACUUGUUUUAAACACCA